AUAAUGUUAUAAUUAAUAUAAAUUUAGAGUAUCUACACAAUUAAGAAAUUUCUCCUUUUUCUUCCCUUUAAAAGCACCAAAAAAAAGAAGGUAACUAGUAAUAAAACCAUGAAAUCUCUUACCUUAAUCAUCACAGUCUCCAUCUUUAUUGUCUUCUCACAUGCAACACCAACAAUUAUCACUCGACUUCAACCACAUAUGAAUCAAUCUUCUGCGCUUAACCUUACUCAACAACAAAUUAAUAGGACUGAACAGGUGAUACCCUGCACUUACAUGAUCUCAAUAAAGACAAGUUGCGAUUCUCCAGCAAAUUCAAAAGAUACAAUUGCUAUUUUAUUUGGAGAUGAUGCUGGCAAUGAGCUCACAAUGUUAAAUGUGGAUACCCCUGAUUUUCAUACAUUCGAGCGGUGCAAGGUGCUUACAUUUGAGUUAUUAGGAAAUUGUAUGGGCCAAAUUUGCAAAUUGUAUGUAGCUAGGGUUGGAUCUGAUGGUUGGAUCCCAGAGUCAAUCACUGCAUUCUACGGUGACUAUCCCCCAAUCACAUUCAUCUACAAUGUUUUCAUUCUUGAUGAUAAACAAGGACAUGGCUUCGAUUAUUGCCAACAUUAAGUUUAAUAUUACAUCUUUAAAUACUCGACUUUUUUUUCUUGAAUAAAAAAAAUAUAUUUAUUGCAUUCUGUUAAAGAUCAAAUUGUCAAUAAACAUAUUUAUAUAAUAUAUAAACUAUUUUCAUUACAAAA